AUGAAGACCAACAUCGCUACGAUCCUGGCUCUGUCCACCGCAGCACUCUUCGCUGCUAGCCCAGUACAAGCGCAGAUCGCAUCGCUCGAUCUAGGCAAUGGUAACAGUGCUGCUGCUUCAUCUCCAUCGUCCACACCUGCCGCCUCUACUACCGCAGCAUCUUCUGCAGCGCCAUCAUCCGCGCCCGCAUCUGCCAUCACCACCGCAUCUGGUUCCGACGCACCAGCCACCAGCACCGUCGCAUCCUCAGUCAUUUCCUCCCCCGCUUACGCAGCUGGAACCGUCACCUACGUCCCACCACCUCUCCCUUCCUCUACCGCCAGCAUCGACGUCACUUCCCUCCCAUCCUCCGUGCCCGCAAUCAAUGCCACCGCCUCCUCCAACUACACCCUUCCCAGUCUUACAGCAACAGGCACAUUCGCCUCGAUCCCUACCCUUCGAUCCAACCCUUACCAGAUCGUCUUCGCCAACACUGACGGUCUGCCCCCCAUCAAUUGGAACCUUGCGAUGAACAACUCGGACCAGGUCAAAUCCGCCCUCUGCACAUCCCAGAUGCAGUUCUGCAACACUGCAGGCUGCAACACCACCGACGCCAAGUUGACCAACUUUUGCGAGACAAAGUACAUGGGUGUAGCGUGCUCUUGCAGCAAGGGCGCUAGCAGGUUGGAGCAGUACCAGUGGCCCGUGAUGCUGGCUGAUUGCCAGGGAAGAAACAUCGCCUGCAGGGACGCCUGCAUCAAGCCCGGUCAGAACGUCGAGGCGCAGAACAAGUGUUUGGAUGUUUGUGCGCAGAACUACGGAAGCACCUGCGGCAAGCCCGGUCAGUACGCGGCGAAUUACGCGGUGAGCAAGGAGGGUAACAAGCCGAGCUAUACCGUCGUGCAGGGUGGAACCGCUCAGAACGGUGCGCUUAGAGCAGGUGUGGGUAUGGUCGGUGUGAUGGCUGUCGCUGCGGUCGUCUCGGCGGUCAUCAUGGUAUAG